CGCACGCACACACGCGCACACACAUUGGAUGGGAAAGACUCGUUCAGCACAAAGAAGCGGCAAAGAUAACGGAACAAACUCUUGCUAACUCUCACCUUUUCUUUCAAGCACUACUUCGCCUUGAGAGACACUACAGAUGGCUGAAGAACUAAAGCGCGUGAGAACGGCGUUUAUUGAAAAAGUGACCUUGCCCAUAAUCAAACAACUUCUGAACGACCUUUUGGAUGUUAACGCCUUGAAUGACGGAGAGCAGGAGAAUAUCUUGGAUGUGAAUGACGGCAGAGAAGAUAAAGCUGGUGCCCUCAUUGACUCAGUGAGGAAAAAAGGUGAUAAGGCAAGCUGGUUUAUCAUAACUUCCCUUAAAAAGAGGGACCCGAUGCUCUUCGAAGAAUUGGGACUCCCCGCCGAGCCUCCCCAUGCUACCCCCAAGGCGAAUUGGUGGUCAACCAAUCUCAAACUUUGCAAAAACUCCUUUUGGAAUUCCAAAAAGAAUGACCCAGAGAUCUAUCCUGUGACUAAAGAGUCCGUACGGAGCCGCGUGGCUCUGCUUAUCACCAAUAUCAAAUUUAAGAACAGGGGUCUUGACAGACCUGGUGCUGACGUAGAUGAGCGGAACAUGCAAAGGCUGUUGAAGGAUUUAGGAUACGAGGUGGUUAAACACACCGACCGCACAGGACAGCAAAUGGACAAGGCCGUCCUCGACUUCUCCAAACAUUCCAAACUCAAAGACACAGACAGCGUGUUUGUGGUCAUCAUGUCUCACGGGAAAUUGGGAUCGAUCCUCGGCGUCAACUGGAACGAGACCCAAAAGCCGCAUGAAGAGGAUUUGUUUCCCAUCGAUAACAUUUUCAAACAUCUGAACUCAGCCAACUGCAGGGCGCUGAUCGACAAACCCAAGAUCAUCAUCAUCCAAGCCUGUCGAGGAAAGGAGACCGGGGCGGUGGCCUUGAGCGAUGAUGCGGGUCCGCUCUGGUCUGAUGCUGCCGGUGGCUCUCAAUAUGUCCACAAAGAGAAAGAUUUCGCCCCUCUUCUCUCUUGCACACCUGAUACCAAGUCAUACCGACACCCAGAGGAAGGCUCUUUGCUAAUUCAGUUUUUUGUUGAAGUUGUAAAGACCUGCGCUUGUGAGAAAGACUAUGAGGAACUUAUCAGGAUGAUCAUGCGACGCUUUGAAGGAUUGCCGUAUGUGACAAAAAAACAGAUGCCAACUAAAGAAAGAUGGAAUUUGCCAAGGCUCUUCUACCUCUUUCCUGGCAUUUGACACCACAUUUCAGAGGAACAUAUCACUGUCAGAUUGCGGCAGUAAUAUUAACAAUUUUAUAUGUAGCUAGGAAGGAAAUUGUAAUAAAAAAGACUGACUUGAAGUGGAAAAAUG